AUGGCCGGAGCUACAGCAGCGGCAGCGAGGGACCUCAACCCUUACGGCUCCAGCGAGGCGAGCAGCUUCCUCAUCCCCCUGCAGCGCCCCGGCGCCUCGCCCCCAUUCACGCCCGAGGUCUCCGCCGCCGAGGCGGCCGCGGGCGUCGACUUCCGCAACACGGCGCUGCUGCGCCACUUUGUCAGCGAUAGCGGCCGCCUGCGGCCGCGGCGGCAGACGCGGCUGCCGCGGAUGCUCCAGCGGAAGGUCGCCAAGGCGGUCAAGCUGGCGCGCCAGAUGGCGCUGAUGCCGUUUGAGAUGGUCGUGGGCGACGGCGAGGCGGACAUGCGCAGCAAGAUGGCGGAGUACGAGGCGGCGCGGAGCAGCCACAGGCGGGGGGGCGGCGGCGCGCGGGCGGGCGGCGGCGGCGGCGGCGGCAGGGGCGGCGGGGGCGGCCGAGCGCAGGGUUGA